GGCGGUUCGGCGCUCCGCUGCCCCCGCGGCGGCUGCUGCUGCUGCUCCUGCGGCUCCUGCUGCCGCUGCCGCCGCUGCCGCUCGGCCUCGGGCAGCUGCAUCCUCAGGCCGGGCCGGGUCCCCGCCCCGCGCUGCGCCCGGCCCCGCCAUGGUGUCCUGGAUCAUCUCUCGCCUGGUGGUGCUCAUCUUUGGCACCCUGUACCCAGCCUAUUCUUCCUACAAGGCGGUGAAGACAAAAAACGUGAAGGAAUAUGUGAAAUGGAUGAUGUACUGGAUCGUCUUUGCCUUCUUCACCACGGCCGAGACGCUCACGGACAUAGUGCUCUCCUGGUUCCCCUUCUACUUUGAGCUCAAGAUCGCUUUCGUAAUAUGGCUGCUGUCCCCUUACACCAAGGGCUCCAGCGUGCUCUACCGCAAGUUCGUGCACCCAACGCUGUCCAACAAGGAGAAGGAGAUAGAUGAGUACAUCACGCAGGCCCGAGACAAGAGCUAUGAGACCAUGAUGAGGGUGGGCAAGAGGGGCCUCAACCUGGCUGCCAAUGCUGCAGUCACAGCUGCUGCCAAGGGCCAGGGGGUGCUGUCGGAGAAGCUCCGAAGCUUCAGCAUGCAGGACCUGACCCUGAUCCGGGAUGAGGAUGCACUGCCCCUUCAGGGGCCUGAUGGCCGCCUCCGACCCAGCCCCAGCGGCCUUCUGGACACCAUCGAGGACUUAGGAGAUGAUCCUGCCCUGAGUUUAAGAUCUGGCACAAACCAGGCAGAUCCCCGGACAGAGGCCUCUGAGGAUGACCUGGGAGACAAGGCUCCCAAGAGGGCCAAAUCCAUCAAAAAAAUGCCCAAAGCAGAGCCACUGACUUCUAAGACGCUGAAGACCCGGCCCAAGAAGAAGACCCCUGUUGGGGGCGACUCAGCCUGAGGUCCUCCAGCCCAAAGGCUGCAGAACAAGGAGGAAGCCUCAGGAAGGGCUUGGCCCCAGCCCCCGCUCCACACUGUGCCAGUAGCCAGGUGUCUCAGGCCCCUGUGGCCCCCUCAGCCAUUUCCGGUGCCUGCCCAGUGGCCACUUCUCUGGAAGGGGCUUGGAAAAGAGGAGGGGGGCCCAGCUGUGGGGGUUGAGGGUAGAGGCUGGACCAGGGGCUGGGGAUUGAGCUGCCCCAGGAGGUGGGGACUGGUCGA